CAGUUCCGUGAUCGCCAGAUCCGCCAAAGGACGGCAACCACAGCCAUUAACAGGGCCGGCUGAUGGACAAGGGCAAGCAUCCUCUUCAGGAACAACGGAAACGUAUGCCGAGGCAACCCUUCCCCUAAGUAUUCCAACCCGGACUAGUCCCAAAGAGCCCGGGCGACCGGACAGUACAGAAACAAGUGCUCCUUAGUCUCAGGCCCUUCCCAGCAAACCGGACACCGGGGCAACACCGGAACCUUCUUCUCAAUGAGUGCCUCAGUGGUUGGCAGAGCCCGAUGAAAAAUUUGCCAGACAAAGACUUUCAGCUUAGGGGGAAUCUGAGCUUCCCAAAGCCGGAUACAACUUUGCCUAUCCAUCCAACUAGCCGAGGCCCGCCACCCACCCCUUCUCCUGUCUAACUCAACUGCCAGAUGAUAGGCCGUCUUGACCGAGAACACCCCAUCCGACGUGUUAUGCCAAAUCAGCUUAUCAUCCACAUUCAGCCUCGGAAGUGGGAUCCCCCGAAUGGCUUGACAGGUAGUAGGGUCAAACCAUUGACUAAGCUUAUCCUCCGCCCAUCGCCCUUCCCCCUGGCAAAUGACUUCUGCCACCAAGGGGUCUCCCCCAUCUGGCAGGACCCGAGGAUUAUAACAUGGGGGAUCCAACUGAAGCCCAGGGAUCCAAUUCGAGUGGAGAAGGGAGGCCAAAAGGCCAUUGCCUAUCUGCCAUCUUAACCUCGCCUCCAAUAACUGGCGCCCAAACAGGAUACUCUGCCAACCCCAAGACGGGCGAGUUCCAUAAUCUAGUUUUGUAAAACUGGUUUAAGAUUUUUUUUUAUAUACUUGGUUGAGGAAAAUAAUAUUAAGUUAAAUAUAUUAUCAGUUUUUAAUUAAAUAAAAUAAAAAAUUUAGAGACAACAACUAUCAAUCACUAUAGUUAUAAUUAUAAAAAUUAGAAGAUAUAUUUGCGUAUGCAAUUGAACCACUGAAUUAGCCAAACAAAUACCACUAACAGCGUCAUCACCAAUUUGUUAAUUAUUCUUAGUUGUUUAUCAUUUCCCCACCUGAUUGAUUUUGGGCAAAAAGCCAAAAACUAAUUUAUAAGUUUAUUCCUCAAAACAGAGAUAAGAUUGAAACGAAAAUGAUAAACCCGACAAACCGCGGGUAAAAGCCGUUAUUUCUGUUGGCACAGGAGGGUAAUCAAGUACUUUUGAGUGCUCUCCCUGUCCCUGGCCGCUACGCGAAAUAAAGAUCCGCAGACAGAGAAGAAAUGAAAGGGAAAGGAAAAUAAAACCAGAUUGAGAAAGAAAGAGAGAAACUUCAAGCAGAAGAAGAACCAAGAAGAAAGCUGCAAAUUUCCCAAAGCUCUCUCUGUUUUUUUUUUUUUUAUAAAUUUAUAUUUGCUCGUUGUUUCUCUCUUUCCUUCUCAUUUCUUCAAAAUAACCCAGAAGAAGAAAACAAAUUACCAUUCAAAAGAUUCCCCUCUUGCAUUUCUCCAACAAAGCUGCCCAGUUCUUUGCUUUCAGAUUUGCAAGUCAAUUGGGUGUGUGUAGUGUCGAACAGAAGUCUGUACAGGGUUGUUCUGUAUAUAUUUCACAGCAAAGCUUGGUUUUUUAAACUUUUCUAGGCAAAAAAUUCGAAGAAACCCCUUUGUUUAUUUUGGGAGGGUUUUCUCGAUCUGAAAAUUCAUCCUAGUGAUUUCGUUUUGGUUGUGGGAAUUCUUCGAUUUAGCGGUUAAUUGAUCUGGGUUCUGUUUUUUUUUUCUCUCGAUCUCCGUGUUCAUUCAUGGCGGUUCCGACGAUUGCUCUGUACGCGAGCCCGCCGAGCACCAUAUGCUCGACGCCGCACCCAUGCUCGAUCAACGGCAGCACGAGCUACGACUUCGAUCUGAAUUCGAGAUCCUCGUCUUCCGCUUCCGCCAGUGGCUCUUCCUCUCACAAGUCGCAAAUCGGCGGGCUGACGUGUCUGUUCUCUUCUCCCAGCGUGGUAAAGCACUCGUCGUUCUCGGGCGAUAGGGAGGAAUUGGGCGCACUGUGGCACGAUAGAGGGGACGAUUUGAAGGAAUUGAGCAGCUCGUUUCGCUAUUCCCCGAGUAAAUGCAUCGUCGCGGGCGUAGGGGGUGGAUUUUCUGCGAGGAAGGAUCACAGUCCGGUUUCUGUGCUGCAAGCUCCGGUCUCUUGUUCCAACAGUCCUCCGACGAGGUUAGCUCGUGGUGCUGAUGUAUGCUUUCAGAGCUCGGUUCAUAGCUCGUUUAGAUAUGGGGCGAAUCGCCUGUUCGAUAGGUUCGUUAGCCAUGCAUUGGGGUCUUGUGUGGACUACGAUUCACCGAGCUUCGAAAUAGCUCCAUCUCCAGCUCCUCCGGCUGCUGAUGAAUUGACGUUUAACAUGGAGGACAGCUUUGUGAGAGAGCCUGAUUACGAGCCCUAUGCAAAGGAAUUGUUGCUUGGUGCUCAAAUGAGGCACAGGAUCUUCACAGAAGACUUUGUGAUCAAGGCAUUUCACGAGGCGGAGAAGGCUCAUAGAGGACAGAUGAGGGCGAGUGGCGAUCCUUACUUGCAGCAUUGUGUGGAAACCGCUGUUUUGCUUGCAAAGAUUGGUGCUAGCCCCACCAUGGUUGCUGCAGGGCUUUUACAUGAUACAAUCGAUGAUUCAUUCUUGAGCUAUGACCAUAUUUGCAGCACGUUUGGAGCUGGAGUGGCUGAUUUGGUUGAAGGGGUCUCGAAACUCAGCCAUUUGAGCCAGCUAGCACGAGAGAACAAUACAGCCAGCAGAACUGUUGAGGCAGAUCGUCUGCAUACAAUGUUUCUGGCAAUGGCGGAUGCCAGAGCCGUGCUGAUAAAACUAGCUGAUCGAUUGCACAACAUGAUGACGCUGGAUGCUCUGUCAUUGGCCAAGCAGCAGAGGUUUGCCAAGGAGACUCUCGAGAUAUUUGCUCCUUUGGCCAACCGAUUAGGGAUCUCUUCGUGGAAGGACCAGCUGGAAAACUUGUGCUUCAAGCAUCUGAACCCUGAUCAGCAUAAAGAUUUGUCUUCUCAGCUGGUGAAAUCUUUUGACGAGGCAGUGAUUACUGCUGCAACAGAUAAACUGGAUCGAGCGCUGAAGGAUGAAGCCAUAUGUUACCACGUGCUCUCUGGGAGACAUAAGAGUUUGUACAGCAUUUAUCGCAAGAUGUUGAAGAAAAAGCUGAAGAUGGAUGAGAUCCAUGAUAUCCAUGGCCUCCGUUUGAUCCUUGAAAACAAGGAAGACUGCUACAGAGCACUGAGAAUCGUCCAUGAGCUGUGGCCUGAAAUACCUGGGAAGUUCAAGGAUUACAUAAGCCAACCCAAGUUCAAUGGGUACCAGUCUCUUCACACUGUGGUCACAGGCGAUGAUGAGGUCCCACUAGAGGUCCAGAUCCGAACAAAAGAGAUGCAUUUGCAGGCUGAGUUUGGGUUUGCCGCGCACUGGAGGUACAAGGAAGGCGAUUGCAAGCAUUCCUCGUUCGUCCUGCAGAUGGUCGAGUGGGCUCGGUGGGUAGUGACUUGGCAGUGCGAGACAAUGAACAAAGAUCGGUCCUCAUCGAUCUCUUACGCUGCUGAUUCCGUGAAGCCUCCCUGUGCUUUCCCUGUUCAUUCAGAAGAUUGCAGGUAUUCCUGCAAGCCUCUCUGCGGUCAAGAUGGACCCGUGUUCAUCAUCAUCAUCGAGAACGAUAAGAUGUCGGUCCAGGAGCUCCCAGCAAACUCCUCUGUCGUGGACCUGCUCGAGAGAGCUGGACAAGGCAGCACGAGAUGGUCACCAUAUGGCUUCCCAGCCAAAGAAGAGCUGCGGCCGAAGCUCAACCACGAGCCAGUGAGUGAUCCUACCUGCAAGCUAAAGAUGGGUGAUGUUGUGGAGCUAAGCCCCACCAUUCCUGACAAGUCCCUGACUGAGUACAGGGAAGAGAUACAGCGGAUGUACGACAGGGGCUUGACGACCACGAGCAGCGUUUCAUCGAGCACAGCGCCAACAACUACUACUGGAUGGAGAAGUUGAUGAUACCACUACUUCAUUUGGAUCCAAAUGAAUGAAUGAAUAGCGUUCAUAGUAACAAUUGGUUUGUUUCCUUGUAAAUACAUGUUUGGUUGUAGAAGAACAGUUGUAAUAUAAUUAUAUGGUAAAAAAUGGGGGAAAUUGGUCAAAACUGCUUGUGGAAAUUGGCCGGGGCUGUGUUUCCAAGUUCCCCUCAUUAAAUGAAAGAUCACUGUUCUG